AUGUCCCACUCGUCGUAUAUGUCCUCUUCAGCGUCGGAUCUCGAGGAUGAGAUACAUUCCUAUCUCACCAGUCUCAGCCCGGACCCUCAUAUGCCCAUCUGUUUCACGUGCUGUGACGUCAUCACUGAUCAGUACUAUCUACGCGCUGGGGAACAUGUGUGGCACGAGCACUGUCUGCGUUGCUGUAUGUGUCAGGUGACGCUUGGCGGACAUUAUUCUUGCUUCGUUAGGGACGGUAACAUAUUCUGCCAGAGAGACUUCGCCCACGUUCACGAGAUCAAGUGUAGCUCCUGUCUACGUCCCAUCGAGUCCGGAGAUUGGGUCAGAUCGGCCGGAGAGAACAUGUACCACCUUGCAUGUUUCUCAUGCAGCGCGUGCCAAAGACAACUGUCCACAGGAGAGGACUUCGCCAUCCACGACGACCGCAUACUAUGCCGAGUCCACGUCCUCAACCCCCACGACGACAACGUCACCUGUCAACCAAAGUCUAAGAGAUUCCGAACAGCCUUCAACGAGGACCAGCUCGCCACUCUUCAGCGCCACUUCGAGAUGGACCCCAACCCAAAUAGCCUUCACCUUGACCAGGUCGCCAUGGACGCAGGUCUGACGAAGAAGGUGACAAAAGUCUGGUUCCAAAAUGCACGUGCAAAACUGAGGAAGUUAAAGCACUAA